GUUGAAUCUAGUUCAACAUUUUCGUUCAUGUCGAAGAAAACAAAAUGUCCGCGUGACGUUGGACGGAAGAGAAAUCCAUAAAAUUUGUGUUAUGUUACCAUAAAUAUCCAUGUUUGUGGGACUGUAAAUGUUUAGAUUAUAAAAAUAGAGAUAAGCGGGCAGCUGCAAUUAUCACCGAAAUGCGUGAAAAUGGUAUUAUUAUGACCAUAGCCGAGGUAAAAAUACGAAUUAAAACAAUUCGAACAACAUACUCUGCCGAAGUAAGAAAAAUUAACUCAUCUAUGAAGAGUGGAGCAUCAACUGACGACCUAUAUACACCUACUUGUGCAUGGUUCAAAAUUGCUGAUGGUUUUCUACGAAAUACAGUUGUUUUACGUGAAACGCAUGAUAAUUUGCAAGCCAAGUAUCAUCCAAUGAUGGUGUUUCAGAAGAUUUACCCAGUACGUCGGAACAUUCAGCAGCUAGGACAACGCAAACCAAUUCUGAAACAAUUGAGGUUAUCCCGAGGGUUACCCAAACACCUAAGCGUAAAAAAAAUAAUUCAGAAAAGUGAUCCUGCUACUACAGCUGUAGAAAAAUUAGAAAAUAUAUGCAAAACUAGUGCAGACGCAUUACAGGAGGAUGAAUUUGAAAUUUAUGAAAGAUACAUAGCCUCGCAGCUACGAUCGAUGGACCUAGAAAGAGCUAUUGAUGUUCAAAAUCAGAUUAACAACAUUUUAUCAAAGUCAAGAAUAGAAGACAUCAAAUGCAAAAAGAGUCUCCACAACACUUUUUCAAUUCCUCAUCCGGAAGAGAGUUUAGUAGAUAUAAAUUCACCACCUCCAAGUAACCAGACUGAAGUUGAGGUAUAUUCAGAAGAGGAUAGUGAUAUAACGUUUAUUGAAAAACCUGGGCAUUCUAGUGACAUAUUGUCACAAGCUGUGAAUUCUAUUUUCCGAUAUACUGAUUUGUAAAAUGUGUCAAUAAAGUUAUGAAAUGGA